CACGACCUGCGCUGACGCCCAGGUUCUCCGCCAACGCCAAAUAAUCCUCCUCUCGCUCUCUCGGCCCGUGGCGGAGCGAGUCACGAAACCCUUCCCGUCAAGUCCCCGAGACGAGAGCCGUGUUGGGCAGGGCUACGCCACGAAACAUGACCGAGCCACGAGUCGAAGCGUGGUCACCUUCUCACGAGCCGGCUAGGAAGCGCUUGAGGACCUCGCAUGCCUGCGACAUCUGUCGCAGUCGCAAAAUCAGAUGUGACGGCAACCGUCCCUGCGCAACAUGCCUAGCGUCCGACCAGGACUGCGCAUAUGGCUCUGAGGCGAGCUCGCGCGGCAAGACAGAUCUUGUCUUAGACGGCGUGCUGCGCAUAGAACAGACUCUGCGGGAGCUCAACUCGACGAUCACUGCCUAUUCAACGCUGGGAGGGCGACAAGCCUCAUGCAGCUCGCCCACGGCUCAUGCUACCACAACUUCCUAUGUCGACUCGCCACCAGCCAUCGACACCGCCUCAUCGCGCACCUCUCACCCGCAGAUCCAAACGCCCAUCAGCGGGGCGCCCCCUGACAGAGGGGCGAACGGCGCGUUCGAGAACGCCGUCCUCGAUUCCAUGCACACGUCGACAACCGAGUCGGUGCUCCAGUGGCAUCACUUCGACGGCUUCCCCUCGCUGCGAAACGACUAUACGCCCAUCUUUCAGCUGGAACAGUCCCGCCCCGCCUUGUCUAUGAAGAUCGCUACCGUAUACCCUUACGUUACCUCUGAAGAUGUAGAUUCUAUUCUGGAUUCAUUCCAGCAGAAUGUUAAUUUUUGGUAUCCGACCAUGUCUCUGAGACAGCUAGAUAGAGCCAGAGCGGUACUCAACUCGGGCGCCACGUCCGAGGACAGCAUCGAGUCGUCCAUUUCCCUCUUGACCAUGGCACUGGGCUGUGCCAGCCAAGCCACUGCUGGGCUUGAGGCGACUGUUGAACUAACGGACCAGGAGCUCCGAUGGCGGACGUCGAGACGCCAGAUGGGUGACGUGUAUUUUGAUGUGGCGCUCAAGAAAGCGUACAAUGCGCAUCUCAGCGUGAGCUCAGUUUCGGCGCAGUGCCUCUUUUUCGUCGCUCUUUACUUUGCCUUCCUCACGCGGCCACUUCAGGCUUGGGAGUACAUAGGCGCGACCGCCGCAAAGUGUAUGAUGCUCCUGUCGUACCCCCCAGAGGGCGACACACACGAAGAUCGCGAGCGGACGAGGCGGAUAUUCUGGGCCUGCUAUAUUCUCGAGAGUGACUAUAUUGCUGAGCUCUCUGCCAGUCCCGUCUCGGGCAUAUCCCGCAUCGAGUCGUCCGUUCCUCUUCCCGGCUCCUACAACACCCACCCACUGCAGCAGGAAGAGGAGCAGUCUUCAUUAUACUUUCUCGCAUGUAUCAGCAUGCGCAGGCUCCUCAAUCGCGUACAUCAUCUACUUUAUGCGAGCGGCAGCGGGGCCGCGAUCGACACGUCACGAUUCCCUUACAUCGUAGCCGAGCUGCAACACCAAUUAGACGAAUGGCGCAACCUCCUUCCCACAUCGUUCGCAUUCACCAUGGACACGACACCAACUACCAGCGCUGCCAGCGGCUUCCUAAGGCAAAGAUAUCUCACUUGUCGCAGCGUCAUAUACAGGCCGUACCUGAUGUGGCUACUAAGUGGUAGCCGCGGCGGCAACGAUGACUUGAGUGCGAGCGCCCCUAGCAACGAGGCCAGAAGGAGCUGCAAGGCUUGCCUUGACGCUUGCCUAAUGCAUGUACUCAAUCUGCGAGGGUUCCCUCAGACGGUUCUUGUCGACACAUGGAUAUGCUCCCUUUCGUGAGUUGCCCGCUCUAUUCAUCAUGUUUCAAACACUGAAUCGUGAUGCUUUAGAAUGGCGUGUGCCAUGCUUGUUCUUUUGGCGGCCUGCCGCGUUCCAUCGCUUCGGGAGCUCAUUGGACCCGAGGUUCUCCAUGCAGGUGACCAUCUCAAACAGUUCCUCCAAAGAUGGCAGCGGCUGAUGGGUGGGCCGCGCUCUCCAAGCGUUGAUCAAAGCCUGCGCAUCAUAAACGCGGCAGACAAGUUUAUACGAGAAGCGUAUCCGGCGUCGCCGCUUGACAGCUUCGCAUUGCCUAGAAGAACAGGUGACUCGUGAAUGGCAGCACGUCCGAUGGCGUGGUGGGAAGAGGGAAGGGAGUGACACUGUUGUUCGAGAAGCCGGGACAUACCCUUUGCAUUUACAUUCUUUAAUAGUUGGCUUUCGAGAUACCUACGUCCGCCUCCUCCGACCGGUUCCGCAACCUCGCCUCGUCUCGGCCGCUUGGCGCUAAAAGCCGACACAGCGCCAGAAUUCCCAUCUAUCUUAAUCGCCGUCACUCUGGGGCAUAAUGCCCACUCGCUUCUGCAAGAACUCGACGAUGUCAUCAAUUUGCUCCGGCACCUUGUACCCGUGGCCAUGGUCCUCAUAUCGCUUGAAUUCGACCUCAUAUUCGGCAGUCCUCAGCGCCAAGGCUGCCUGCUCACCAAGGGCAAAAGCCAGUACGUCAUCCAGAGCGCCGUGACCAAGCAAGACGGGCGUGCCGUACGAUGUCUCAUCUUUGGUUGGGUGUUCAGCGCUGGCGAGUUGAAGCAACGUGCGCUGGAAUAUGUGCGCCUUGACGGCUGGGUCGUACGAUGUCGCUGAGCGGUUGCUGCCGCGAGCGCUGCGAGCGCCACUGCGGACACUAGUCUGGCUCUCGCUCUCGCUCGAUGAGUCUUCGGCCGUGUUCAUUUCGAGCUCGAAUUGAAAGGGGAGAAAGCCGCUCAUCCCGAUCACACCGCCUAUUUUGUGACCGAGGCUGAGCAGCAUCGCGAGAGCCAUGGCGCAACCCUGGCCCAUGCCGCCGAGAACCACCUUAUCCGGCGCGACGAGCUUCAGCUCCCAAUGAAGGAUAGCGAAUAUCUCCCGUGCAGAGGUGCAAAGGCCCCUUCUUUGCGUUUCCUGCCGAAGGCUCGGGUCCUUGAGGUUGACGACGUCGAACCACGCCGCGAUUCUGGCGUGCUCGAGCGCAUGGCAGGGCCGUCGCGGCGCCGAGGGGAAGACCCAGCGCACGCCGGGAAACACCGAGUCGAGCGUCUUACCGGCGGCCGUCUUGCCCGUGGUGAAGAGGUCGUGGCUGAAGAUGUGUCCGUUGGAGGCCACAUCGUGCAGCAGGAUGACGGUGUGUGUGUGCCGCCCGCGAGGCUUGACGAUGUAGGGCGGGUUAAGAGGCUGUCCUAGGGAUGGAGACGACGCAUCGGAGAAGUGAGGAUCGCGUCUGCAUGAGGGGAUCGCCAUGAUGACUUGAACUGGCGUCGAUUACAAUGUCGACCAUGCGCGGAGCUCAAGUCUGGAUUGUGAGCGAGUGACUCAAGGCCAACCUCAUGCAAUGCCGUGGGGGGAGUGUACAGGUUGUAUUGUUGACGCCUGUUACUGGUCUCAACUAGUGAAAAUAACGUUGAUAUUGACUGGUAUAUCCAAAGAGUGGAUUCAUCAUGAUAUGAAAGUCGCAAGGAGCAAAGGUUCUGCAGCCUGUGGGAAG